AUGUCGACCCUCACGAGGACUCUGGGCAAUCUGCGCAAGAUUGGCAUCAAGGAAUACUUCCGCCAGAUGCUGUACAUUGGCGACACCAAGCACGGCACUCUCAUCGGCCAGGACCGCGCCGGCAACAAGUUCUACGAAAACACCGAGGAGCUGCCCCUCCGCACCCGCUGGGUCGACUACGCCAAGCACGACUACGACGCCGCCCAGAUCGAGCCCGGCUGGCACGCCUGGAUCAGCUACGCCGUCGACAAGCCGCCCACCGAGGACCCCCUCAUCGCCACCGGCACGAGGCACUUUGAGCCCGCGCUGCCCAAGCCCAACUAUACCAUGACGAGGGGCGCCUUUAAGACGUACAACACAACGAAGCCCAAGAUCAACGCCUGGGAGCCGGUGGCCAAGGAUCGGGUAUGA